GCAGGCGCGGGCGGGCGCGACGGUGGAGGAUGCGGGCGGUUUAGCUCCUGCUUCCUAGUCAAGGAAGGCAGUCUUGAGUCCUGUCUAGGGCUGUGAUCACAGCAGGUGGUGAAGCUCUUUGGCGCCUGUGUCUGUCCUGAGUUUGUAGGCAUACUCCAACAGUGACACUGAGAGAGUCUGGGCACUCCAGGAACGACAGAAGGACCUAUGGAUCAUGGCCGGAAGGGUGAAGUGGGUGACUGACAUCGAGAAGUCGGUACUAAUCAACAACUUCGAGAAGAGAGGAUGGGUCCAAGUGACAGAAAAUGAAGACUGGAAUUUCUACUGGAUGAGUGUGCAGACCAUUCGCAAUGUGUUCAGCGUGGAGACUGGGUACCGGCUCUCGGAUGACCAGAUUGUCAACCACUUCCCCAACCACUAUGAACUGACCCGCAAGGACCUGAUGGUGAAGAACAUUAAAAGAUACAGGAAGGAACUGGAGAAGGAGGGAAGCCCCCUGGCAGAGAAGGACGAGAACGGGAAAUACAUCUAUCUGGACUUCGUCCCGGUCACCUACAUGCUCCCCGCUGACUACAACCUGUUUGUGGAGGAGUUCCGGAAGAGCCCGUCUAGCACCUGGAUCAUGAAACCAUGCGGCAAAGCCCAGGGGAAGGGCAUCUUCCUCAUCAACAAGCUCUCACAGAUCAAGAAGUGGUCCCGAGACAGCAAGACGUCCUCGUUUGUGUCCCAGUCCACAAAAGAAGCCUACGUGAUCUCACUCUACAUCAACAACCCGCUGCUCAUUGGCGGGAGGAAGUUUGACCUGCGUCUGUAUGUCCUGGUAUCCACGUACCGACCCCUCCGCUGCUACAUGUACAAGCUUGGGUUCUGCCGCUUCUGCACAGUGAAGUACACGCCGAGCACCAGCGAGCUGGACAACAUGUUCGUCCACCUUACCAACGUAGCCAUCCAGAAGCACGGGGAAGACUACAACCACAUCCAUGGCGGCAAGUGGACUGUCAACAACCUGCGGCUCUACCUGGAGAGCACCCGAGGCCGAGAGGUGACCACCAAGCUGUUUGACGAAAUCCACUGGAUCAUCGUACAGUCUCUCAAGGCCGUGGCGCCAGUGAUGAAUAACGACAAGCACUGCUUUGAAUGCUACGGCUACGACAUCAUCAUCGACGACAAGCUGAAGCCCUGGCUGAUCGAGGUUAAUGCGUCCCCGUCCCUGACCUCCAGCACCGCCAAUGAUCGAAUCCUCAAGUACAACCUGAUCAACGACACCCUCAACAUUGCGGUCCCCAACGGCGAGAUCCCGGACUGCAAAUGGAACAAGUCCCCCCCCAAGGAAGUGCUUGGCAACUACGAAAUCCUGUAUGAUGAGGAGCUGGCCCAGGGUGAGGGGGUCGACCGAGACCUCAGAAACCGCCCAGGCCAGCCAGUGGGGGCCAGAGGAGGCCGCUCGAGGGACUCCGGGAGGAAUGUCCUUGCAACCUGGAAGUGAUCGGCCGUGAGAAGGACCUCAGCUCGGACCGUUCCCACAGCCGCUCCAUCCAGACCCUGCUCAUCACCCUUUUUGGAACUUCCUUUUUCUAGAGUGCUUUCCUGAGUCCUGUAAACAAAGAAACUCUGCAAGGUAGAGGAGUCCAGGUCAUCGGGGCUCACAUACACGCAUAAAAAUGACAGCUUCAGUGUGAGAUAUGACUUCCUUUUUUUAAAAAGAUUUGUUUUAGUAUUUUUAUUUUUUGAGAUAGGCAGCCCUGGCUGGUCUGGAACUCGCUAUGUAGACCAGGCUGGCCUGGAACUCUCAGAGAUCUACCUGCCUCUGACUCCCAAGUGGAGGGAUUAAAGGCGUACACUACCA